CACACGCUUCUCUGCUCAUGGCUAAUGCAUCAGACUAGGACCGAAACAACAAGGACAUGGCAGUUACUACUGAGUUUACCACCAUCGCUGUACUUGCGUUCGCACUGGUUCAGGCCGAUAUUAAAUGUCCUGAAAAUGUGGCGAUCUCUCAAGGGCAAGUGAAGUUUUCGGGCGGGCGAAACACAGGCAGUGUGUUGCAGUACCUCUGCCCUGAAGGUACCAGGGCAGCCCCCGUGUCCUGGAGGGUGUGCAGGGAGGAUGGGACCAGGAGCCCAGUGAGGAAACCAGUGGCAUGUGUUUCUUAUUGGUGCAGUGGUCCCAUUACUCUGGAGAAUGGCUGGGUGUCUCCACGCCAGGCUCAAUACCAAGUGGGAGACAUCGUCCACUUCCACUGCCAGCCAGGCUACAUACUCUAUGGUGCCACCAACAUAACCUGCCUCCCUACUGGAAAGUGGACGGCGCCCCCUGCUGUGUGCGACACCAGUGGCUCUUUGUGCGGGAAUCCCGGUGUGCCUGCAGGGGGACAGAGAGUGGGUACACGCUUCAGCAAGGGGCACCAGGUCAGAUAUAUGUGCUUUAAAGGCCUGGCCCUGAGGGGGCCAAGACUUAGGACAUGUCUGGAGGAUGGAAGCUGGUCAGGAACACAACCUGAGUGCGAAGGGCCACACGUCUACGAUGAUCCACAGAUGAUAGCUGAGCACUUCUCCUUGACUGAACAGGCUCUGCUUAACCCAGACCAAGAGCUGCACCUUUACUUCAUAAUAAAGGCUUCUCAAAGUGUUGGAAAGGAAAACAUGGAGACAGCUCUUUUGUUUCUGCACCAGCAUGGAAACAAGGUUGUCAGUUUCUCCAAAAAAAGGAAGAUGGAGGUGAUCAUUUUUGGUGCAUCGGCCAGGACCGUGAAGUACAACCUACAAGGUGUAACAGAUCCUGAGGAAUACAGAGAGUUCCUUAAUGGUUCUGGUGUGAACACUGGUGAAGCGCUGCAGCUGACAUUCAGGCUAAUAAAGGACAAGCUGCCCACCGGCACCCAAAAAGCACCAGCAAAGAGUAUCCUCAUCCUCAUCACAGAUGGAAGACACAACAUGGGUCCCAACCCUUUUGCUGUCAUUAACAACAUGACCAGCACCAUUCCUCAGCCAGAAAACAACCUGGAUGUCUUUGUGAUUGGACUUGGUGGAGCAAGCAGAAGGGAUGGCUUGGACAAGCUUGCAUCUCAGCGGUCGGAGCCCAGAGCCUUCUUCCUCCCCGACUAUGAUGGACUGCUGGAGAUCAGGGCCAAAGAAUCUAACACCACGUGUGGUGUCAGAGGGCACCAAGAGGAGAACUUUGGGAGGGUCUUUGGUGGGAUGAUAUCAACAGACCACCAGUGGCCCUGGCAGGUCUUGGUGCUCUUCAGAGAGACAUUUAUCGGCGGAGGGUCCAUUAUUGCCCCACAGUGGGUGCUAACAGCUGCACAUGUGGUCCCUAACAAACAUGACGAAGACUUCAGCCCAACUGAAGACAUUACCAUUGUUGCAGGUGUGACACGGGUGUUAACGGACACACACCUUAAGGCCCUGAGAAUUGACAAAUGCAUUGUCCACGAGGAUUAUGUUCCUGAAACAUUUCACUUUGAUAUAGCUUUACUAAGACUACAGAAGAAAUUGAACUUUAACAACAAAAUUAGGCCUGUUUGUUUGCCUUGCACUAUUGGCCUCUCUCAGGUCCUCUCCCUCCCAUUCCAAAACUGGACCUCAAGGUGCCUUCAUCAAGAUCUCAUUCUCACUGGCCACGGUGGUUCAGACCCCAGGACCAUAAGUGGAUUUGUUACUGGAUGGGGCCAUACUAAUAAUCGGAGGAAACUCUCAACUGACCUGAUGUAUGGAAAUAUUUGGAUAAAGAAGCGUGAGGAGUGUGAAGAUUUGUCAAAAAUUUUCAAUAUUGAACUAACAGAGGAAAAACUGUGUGCCAGAGGAGAAGGGGUGGACUCCUGCCCAGGUGAUUCUGGAGGUCCUUUUGUCAUCAAGAAGAAUGGAAGAUGGAUUCAGAUAGGGAUUGUCAGCUAUGGGACAUCAGUAAUUUGUAAGAAUGGUACCACAGGCUUCUAUACCAGCGUGCCUAGACUGAUGCCUUGGAUCAGGGAGAAAGUUGGGGAAGACAUCCAGUUCGCCUGAGAACCAACUCCACUUGGUGUCCAGACCAUUUAUCAAUAACAGACAAGUGAUGCCAGAACAACAUCAUCAAUAAAUAUGAAUGUUCUCAUAUUUAGAAUUUAUGGAAAAAAGUUAAUGCGUUGACAAGGUCAGACAAGGGUACAUAUCAUUGUUUCAUAUGCCAAAUAAAGAUUCCCC